GUAGAGCAACUAGCAUCAAUCAAUAUAUAGAGCUAGAGAGAGAAAAUGAAGGUGACAAUAGGUGCAGCCCUAGUCCUCUCUCUCCUCGUCUGCACAACGUUGGCGGACAACCCAAGCAGCAGUGGGGAGCUGUCACCAUUUUGCAAGGACAAGUGUGAUGUCCGAUGCUCAAAGGCAGGAAGAGAAGACAGAUGUUUGGAGUAUUGUGGCAUUUGUUGUGAUAAGUGUAAGUGUGUGCCAUCUGGGACUUUUGGAAACAGGGAUGAAUGCCCUUGUUAUAGAGACUUGAAGAAUUCUAAGGGCCAACCUAAAUGCCCUUGAAUUUCCUCACCUCAUCAAUAAUUUUUUUUUUUAAAAUCUUUUGUGGGAGAUGUCUUGAGGCUCAUGGUUUUUGAGUUAAACACAUACAUAUGCAUCUAGAUAGUUUAUGUGUCUCUUGUUCAUGUCCCUCUUUCCAGGGGUGGAUCCAGGAUUUGAGGUUAGAGGGGGCUGAAUUUAUUGAUAUAUGACGUCUGAAGACAUUUACACGGAAGCAAAUUUUUUUGAGCA